AUGGAGAAAUAUGAGAACCUAGGCCUGGUUGGUGAGGGCAGCUAUGGAGCAGUGAUGAAGUGUAGGAAUAAAGACAAUGGAAGAAUAGUGGCCAUCAAGAAGUUCCUGGAGAGCGAAGAUGAUAAAAUAGUUAAGAAAAUUGUCACCCGAGAAAUCAAGCUAUUGAAGCAAUUGAGGCAUGAGAAUUUGGUGAACCUCCUGGAAGUAUAUAAGAAAAAGAAACGAUGGUAUCUGGUAUUUGAAUUUGUGGACCACACUAUACUUGAUGACUUGGACCUCUUUCCAGAUGGACUGGAAUAUCAAAGAGUUCAAAAGUAUUUGUUUCAGAUUAUUAAAGGAAUUGAAUUUUGUCAUAAUCACAAUAUUAUACACAGAGAUAUAAAGCCAGAGAACAUACUGAUCUCUGAGUCUGGAGUAGUGAAGCUGUGUGACUUUGGAUUUGCUCGCACGUUGGGAGCUCCUGGGGAAGUGUAUACUGAUUAUGUGGCGACUCGUUGGUACAGAGCUCCAGAGCUUUUGGUUGGAGACAUAAAGUAUGGCAAGGCUGUUGAUAUAUGGGCCAUUGGUUGUUUGUUGGUUGAAAUGUUCAUGGGGAGACCCCUUUUUCCUGGGGAUUCUGAUAUUGAUCAGCUGUAUCAUAUUGUGAAAUGUUUGGGUAAUUUGAUCCCAAGACAUCAGGAACUGUUCUAUGAGAACCCGCUCUUUGCCAGCGUGAAACUGCCUGAAAUGGAAGAAGCUGACUCACUUGAAAGCCGCUGCCCAAAGCUCCCUGCAGUGGUGAUCGAUCUAGCAAAGAAAUGUUUACAGAUUGAUCCUGACAAAAGGCCUUUCUGUGAUGAGCUCCUACACCAUGACUUCUUUAACCAGGAUGGAUUUGCUGAGAGGUUUUCUCAGGAGCUAAAAUUAAAGAUACAGAAAGAUGCCAGAGAACUUCCUUCAUUAAAAAUCUCUAAAGUCAGUAAAAAGGAAAAAGGUGAUUCUUCAAGUGAAGAAAGAAAAACACUUGUUAUAAAGGAUGCCAAUGCGGAUCCUAAAACUAGGGAUUCCAAAGUGAUCAAAAUGAAAGCACCAAAAGCCGAUAGCGAAAAGACUGAAAAACCCAGCCGAACCUCCCAUCUCAGCUGUUUCCCAGACAGUGAAAUGAGUCAGAUCCGAGCAGUUUAUCCAGCCACCUUUGGAGCAAGCAACAUCAGUGUGCAUUGCACAAAGAAUCCUGGCAUGGUGAUUCCUCCAAUUAUACACAGUAUUUCCCGCAUUACUUGCAGUGUAAAUUCAGGAGUGGGGCCUUUUCUAGGUCAUGCUUACAGGAUGGAUGACAGGUCUAAAAAAAACCGCAUUCCAUUUGUUAAGCUGGGUAGCCAUUAUAAUGCUAACCUGACCACACUGGUCUCUAAUGAAAAGAAUAUUCUUCAGGCAAACAAGAAAAGAUGGAAAUUCUCCAAGACAGAGAUUCAUUUGCCUGGACCAAAUUAUAAUCUCUUCCCUGAAGUCAGAGGAAUCGAAGGCAUAGGUACCAGGGUCCUCCCUGCCAGACGCUGCAGAGGCCAGCUUCCCUCGAGUAGAGCACCCAAACUGAGGAAUGUUGAGGACCUGCAUCACGAUUGUACUACAAAAUUCAGAAUGACAAGCUCCAGGAAUCAGACUAUAGACAUCCUGGGAGGAGAGUAACAUGGGGUGAAAUACAUCCCGUUGAAUUGCCUUGUUUUUCCUGGGAGCAAAACUGUGGAAAUGAAAGGGGAACAAAAGGGCAGUGGUUUUCCAUUGUAUUUAAGACAGAUUCAGCAUUUCCCCAUCAUAGAGCAUUAA